AUGGUGCCAACAGAACGAUGCGAGAGACACCACUUGAAAACUGUUGACAUGUUCUGUCAGAAUCAUGACAUUGUUGGGUGUGGAACAUGUAUUGCAGUUGACCACAGAGCAUGUCAAGAUGUUUUCUACAUACCCGAAAUUGUGAAGUCGAGGGCAAACGUUAUACCAGAAUUUCUACAGUGCAUGAAAAAUAUCGGAAGCAAAUUUAAAGAGUUUCUAAAGACAUUUAGCGACGAAGUUGAUGCUCUAAAAGCAAAUAAACAAAGGGAAUUAGAAACCGUCAAAACGUUUGCAAAGAAAAUUAAAGAAAAGAUUAAAGAAGCAGAGCGAGAUGCUAUCACUAAAGUUGAAGAACGAUACGAAAAACUUAUGGUGAAAAUGAACGAAGACAUUGACAACAUAAAAAGAGAAAUGGAUAAUUUCGAAACAACAAAAGGCUUCAUUGAGUCUACAGUCGGGAAUAACUCUGAAACUUUUGUUGCUAUGAAAUUAAAUGGAAACAAAAUUGCAAAAGCGGAAGCAGCAAGCCAUGGCAUCGCGCAGAUCCAACUUGGCCGAAGAGUUCAUUUUACGUUAGAUCCCAAGUUUGAGGAGAUGAGUAAGGAACGAAUGUGCCUCGGAAAUGUCAAGAUAAUGCCCUAUAGCUUUGAAUAUAAAGGUACUGUUGACAUAAAAUUAGAUUCAGAUGCAAAGCCGUGUAAUGUAUAUGGUUCAUGUGUCCUUUCAGACGGAUCAAUAGUGUUCGCUGACAACAGCAACAAAAAUCUUAAACUGGUCGAUGGUGUUGCUCUGACCGUUUUAGAUUAUUAUAAUCUUAAGACUGAACCAUGGGAUAUGUGUUGCUUAGAUGAUAAAGAAGUAGGAGUUUGUCUCAAAAAUGAGAAAAAGGUUAAAUUCUUUAAAGUAGAUCAUCAUCAACUGGUAUACAAAUAUGAACUUAGUUUCAGCUUUGGUUUGUAUAACAGAACUAUAUUUGUCACUGACCCUGGUAAAGGUGUUAUUUGUCUUGAUAAUAGUGGUCAUGUUCUUAAUACUGUUACAAGCGAAAUAGGAUAUGCUCAUGGUUUAGCAGCUGCAUAUGAUGUAAAAGUUUUUGCAUGUGGAUGGAUGUCAGAAAACGUUAUUCUUCUAAACGAAAAGGGUGAGUUUGAAAAUGGUGUUAUCGAAAAAGGUCUAACAAAACCACAGGCUUUGUGCUUCAGCUGUAACAAUGGCCGUUUGUAUGUUCCAAAUUGGAAAAGUGAUAGCGUGCAAAUAUUCGAGUUGGAAUAA